AUGGUAAUCUACAUGGAUGAUAUUCUAUUAACUGGCAACAACUCUACCAUGAUUUCUCAAACAAUUUAUCAAGUGAAUCAGAAAUUUGCAAUGAAAGAUAUGGGAACAAUCACAAACUUUCUCGGCAUCCAGAUUACUCGGACCACCGAUUCAUACUUCAUGUCUCAAUCAGCUUAUGCGAAGUCUAUACUUCAAACAGCAGGUCUGGUUCAGUGUAAACCGCUUGCAACUCCUACUUAUACCAAACAAGUAGCAUAUAAGAAACCAGAUCCGGUGCUAGUUGAUGCUCACAUAUACCGACAAAUUUCAAGAGCUCUACAAUAUCUAAUUAUUACUAUACCUGACAUAGCUUAUGUGGUUAAUGUGACAAACAAACUAGAAGAUCUACAACCGGAUAUUGCACAUUCCUAUGAAAUACAAUCCUGUCAUGGAGUGUAA